AUGGCCAUUGUAGUUGUCACCUCUUGCGUCCUGUUGGUUUUUUACCUUCUCUGCAGCGUCGCAAGGGCAAUUUCUUUUGCAUACUCGAACACGAAACGCAAGUGGAUUGAAAGAGAAUCCAGGUUCUUAGGCGCUCUUUUAAAAGAUUAUGAUGAAGUUUUGAGGUCAGAGGAUCAAAUCACACGGAAAGCCAGUCAGUUUUUGGAUUCUGAACAACUCAUCCAGGCAGGAAUUACUCUUCGACUGAAUGAAACGGAGCAGAGCUGGAUAACGAAUGCAAGAAAAGUGGUUUCGGAGGCAACGUGGUGCCUUGAGAGCUUCGAAGAAUUGAGAAAGCGAAGCAAAUCUUCCAAGUGGUUUGUUUUUUUAUUAAUAACUAAUCAUCUGCUACCCAUGCUUGAUGUUGCCCGUGGGAUGAGGCGGAUCGAGGAAAUGAUUAAUAGCAACCUUGGGAUGAGCCGGAGGAGGAGGAGUAGCAAAGGAAACAAGGAAGUAUGCGCAAGGGACAUCCGCGCAACACUGGAGCAGUCAAGGUCCAAGGUUAGAAGCCUGCUUGCCAGAUCCGUUGUUGAUGAGAUUGAUGAAUAUCAAUCUGUUCAGACACCAGCGCUGUGUGUUAGCUUAAGAGCUGCUGAGUUGGUGUCCUCCCUAAUGGAGCUGAUCAUUGGAAACUCAAAAUUGAUGGAUGGCAUGGUGGAGCAAGUGAUAUCCGUCAAGAUGCAUGUAGAUCUGCUGCCUUUUUUCAUGGAAGAUUUACAAUCGCUAAAGCUGGAAAGUGAAAUGGAAAAGUCAUGGUUGGUGGAAGCAAGCAAGACGGUUGAGGAAGCAAUAAAUGACAUUGCCUACAUAAAUAUAGCAGCAAAUCGACAGAAAUGGUGGUGGUGGGUAUAUUUCAGCCGUAAUUGGAGGGCUAGGCGGAAGCUCAAGGGGGGGAAUAAUGUCCCUUGGCUCCAAGAUCUCCGACCUUCUGGAAACAAAGGAAAGGAUAUGGACAGGCAUUUGUCAUCAGCUGUAGAAAACAUUCGUAACAGGCUCAUUCAAUUGCGGCCAACAAGCAAAGAGUUAUCGUUGUGUGUCAGCGCAAUGAGCAAGGAAAGUGCUUACUUGGAGCAAUUGAAGAAACUGACUUGUGAAGCAGAGCAGUACUCAAAGGCCUCCGGCAUCCAAGGCUCAGAGCUUGUAACCACCAUCUCGGAGAUUAAGGGAAUCACGCACGCAGUAAAUCUUCUUCAGAGAUGCAUAAAAGUAUAUUCGAUUGAGGUAAGGGCGGAUUCUUGCUCAGUAGUUGGUCUGGAAGAAAACGUAUAUGAACUGGUCUCGCAACUGACUUCUAACAGAAAAGAGCGCUCUGUGAUUUCCAUUGUGGGGAUGAAGGGAAUUGGUAAGACAACUCUGGCCAAGGAAGUCUAUAACCACCCUACCAUUCAGCGCCUUUUUCAAGUCCGUCGUUGGGUCUCCGUACCUCAAGUUUUUGACAAAAGUGAACUAUUGGAAGCUGUUGGAAACCAGGUCCUGAAGACGCAAGAGAAGCAGGGCAGGGAAGACUACUGGAUUGAGAAAGUGAGGGAUUUCUUGGAGGAGACGAGAUACCUUCUAGUGUUAGACAAUGUCUCGUCAAUGGAAACCUGGGAUGCUCUUAAAGUAGCAUUUCCAGUAAUGGCAAACAAGAGCAGGAUUGUCCUCACCACAUGCAAGAAGGCCAUCGCGUCACAUGCUGACCAAAAUAGCAUUCACCACCACCUUCGGUUACGAACCAAACAAGAGAGCUGGGAUCUUUUUUCCCAGAUAGUGCAUCACUGUCCUGAUGAACUGCAAACUGAUGCAAAGGAAGUUUUAGGGAGAGGCGGAGGCUUACCACUUGCCAUAAUAAGUGUUGGGUAUAUACUGUCGUGGAAGGAAGUGUCGACACCAGAGGAAUAUUUGAAGGAGCUUGAGCGUAUCGCUCAAGGACAGAACCGAACACUGUGGUUGGAUACUGUGCAAGUGAAUAAUGCAGACUUGCAAUUCGACGAAAUUCUGAGUAAAUGUUUGUCUUACUUCCAACUUUUCUCUAAGGACUUUGAAAUCCCUGCAAGGAGAAUUGUCGCUUCAUGGGUUGCACAAGGAUUGGCACAAGUAAGCGGAGAUGAGAAAACAAAAAUUCCUGAAAAUGUUGCAUACGCGUAUCUAUCAGAGUUGAUUAGGCGUAAUGUGGUUCAAGUGGUUCAAAGAAAGCCUAAUGGAAAGGUCAAGAUAUGUCGCUUGCCUAGUGCUGUGCGACAUCUCUUGUUGCAAGGUGGCAACGACAAUAAUAGCAGCGAAACAGGUUCAGGGUCAUCUCUAACUUCUCCUAAAAGUAAUGUAGACGGAAACUAUAACCUUCAUGAUUCUGAAGAUGGUAAUACAUACGAUACCAGUUCCCGUCAAAUUCAUGGUCUCUACACAAAUUGGCGAAAUGUUUUGCUGAAGGAAAGCUUUCCCCGAUCGGUUCUCUUCUUUGAUGACCGAGCAAAAAUCAAACCUGGAGAGGAAGUAGGUGAAAUUAUUAGUAGGGGCAUUGCUGGUGGUCUCUUCGGAAAACUACAGACUCUUGACCUUGAACGUGUGUUCAGACCAAAGUUGCCGGAGACCAUUGGAAAAUUAAAGCAGCUGACAUAUUUGGGAUUAAGGCGAACUUACCUAUUGACGAUCCCUGAAUCUAUUGGGGACUUGGUGAAACUCUUAACUCUAGAUUUGAAGCAUACCCAUGUUAGAACACUCCCUAGUUCAAUAUGGAAGCUGAAGAAAAUUCGGCAUCUCUACUUGAACGAGAACUGUCAAAUACAUCGACCAAUUUUCAUGAUAUCGAUGAAAGAUCUGAUGAUAUUAUCUGGCCUAUUUGUGGAGAAGGGCCAUCCUCUCAAGGAUUGUCUGGACAAGUUGACGAAACUUCGAAAAUUGGCUUUGGUAUUCAAUCUUGCACCUACAGAGCAAAUGCUAGUGGCGAAAUGGAUUGAGAAACUGACUGACCUAGAAUCUUUGAGGCUGAGAUCAAUAGAUGAGAAGAGGGCACCUCAGCAUCUGAAACUAGAGACCAUCUCUCACCUUACGAAUCUGUCCAGCCUACAUUUGUUUGGGAAGCUUGAAAAUCAGGUCAUCAUAAAUCAACUCCCGCAAAGCCUCACCCAGCUUACCUUAUCGGCCUCUAAAAUUAAAGAUGAUCCAAUGCCAACGCUAGGCCUGCUUCCGAAACUUAGAUCCCUUUCUUUCCACUCUGAUUCUUAUCUAGGAACACGGAUGGUUUGCUGCAAAGAUGGAUUUCCCCUUCUUCUAUUUCUGAAGCUUUGGAAUUUAGAUACCCUGAAAAUCUUGGCCGUGCAAAAUGGAGCAAUGCAAAUCUUCGCUACAUAG